AUGGACAGCCAGGGCAGGAAGGUGGUAGUGUGCGACAACGGCACCGGGUUUGUGAAGUGUGGAUAUGCAGGCUCUAAUUUUCCAGAACAUAUCUUCCCAGCUUUGGUUGGAAGACCUAUUAUCAGAUCGACCACCAAAGUGGGAAACAUUGAAAUCAAGGAUCUUAUGGUUGGUGAUGAGGCAAGUGAAUUACGCUCGAUGUUAGAAGUUAAUUACCCUAUGGAAAAUGGCAUAGUGCGAAAUUGGGAUGACAUGAAACACCUAUGGGACUACACAUUUGGACCAGAAAAACUUAACAUAGAUACCAGGAACUGUAAAAUUUUACUCACAGAACCUCCUAUGAACCCAACCAAAAACAGAGAGAAGAUUGUAGAGGUAAUGUUUGAAACUUACCAGUUUUCUGGUGUGUAUGUAGCCAUCCAGGCAGUUCUGACUUUGUAUGCUCAAGGUUUAUUAACUGGAGUCGUGGUGGACUCUGGAGAUGGUGUGACUCACAUAUGCCCGGUGUAUGAAGGCUUUUCUCUCCCUCACCUUACCAGGAGGCUGGAUAUUGCUGGGAGGGAUAUUACCAGAUAUCUUAUCAAGCUGCUUCUGUUGCGGGGAUAUGCCUUCAACCAUUCUGCUGAUUUUGAAACGGUUCGCAUGAUUAAAGAAAAAUUGUGUUAUGUGGGAUAUAAUAUUGAGCAAGAGCAGAAACUGGCCUUAGAGACCACAGUAUUGGUUGAAUCUUACACACUCCCAGAUGGCCGCGUUAUCAAAGUCGGGGGAGAGAGGUUUGAAGCCCCGGAAGCUCUGUUUCAGCCUCACUUGAUCAAUGUCGAGGGAGUAGGUGUUGCUGAAUUGCUUUUUAACACAAUCCAGGCGGCUGACAUUGAUACCAGAUCUGAGUUCUAUAAGCACAUUGUGCUUUCUGGAGGGUCUACUAUGUACCCUGGUCUGCCAUCCCGGUUGGAACGAGAGCUUAAACAGCUUUACUUAGAACGAGUAUUGAAGGGUGAUGUGGAAAAACUUUCUAAAUUCAAGAUCCGCAUUGAAGACCCCCCCCGCAGGAAGCACAUGGUUUUCCUGGGAGGUGCAGUUCUAGCAGACAUCAUGAAGGACAAAGACAACUUCUGGAUGACCCGACAGGAAUACCAAGAAAAGGGUGUUCGUGUGCUGGAGAAACUCGGGGUGACGGUUCGAUAA